AAUUAUGGAUAAAAAUAGUAAACAUAAUUUAACACCAGUAAAGCCAAGUACUGGUUUUACAAAUUUUUAUAAUCAAAAACCAAAAUUUCAAAAUGGUAUUAAAAUGAAUGCAGAUAAAAUAGAUUCAAAUAAAUUCGAUACUGAAUCAGAUGAUAUUGAAAGUUUAUUAACUGUUCAUGUUAUGUGUAAAACAAAUAAACCAACAGAUCAAGAAUCCGCUACAAAUAAUACAGAUCAAAAGAAAGUUACACCUAUUACGAAAACAAUUGUCCCAAAAAAUGUCAAGAAUCAAGAUAAUUUACGCAAAGUUGAUAAAAAAUCACGUCAAAUUGUUAAAAACAAAAUUAGUGGAGAUCAUAGUAAACCAGAUUUAACUAAAUAUAAAAAUGUGAUUACAAAAAAAGAAUUAAUUGGUGAUGUCAAAGCGCUUCAUAAUACGCGACGGAAUAGUCCAUCGUAUUUAAAGAUACGUGUCAAGUCCCAAGAAGCACUUGGUUUGAAUCAAAUUCAAGCUUUAAAUGAAGGCAUCAUUAAAGAAGAAAUUAUAGAAAUUCCUGCAAAUAGUACUAGUAAAAGUAAUGAAAAAGCUUUAAAUGUCAAUACAAAAACUGUGAUCGUUGAUGACAAAACUCAAAAACGACAGUGUCGUUUAUGUGGAUCGUUAGCUAAAAAUUGUGUUCAAUUUUUAAAUGAAAAAUCCAAUGAAUUUUUAGAAAAAGUUACUUUUCAUUUAAAUGUUGAGAUUAAAUCAAAUGAUGGUCUCCCGCAACAAGCAUGUGUUCCAUGCGUAAAUACAGUUACGCAAUGGGCGAAAUAUUAUAAUGAAUGUGCUUUAUUACAAAAAGUUAUUAAUAAGUAUUCAAAAUCACCUGCUAAGAGUUCUCAAACAAUUGAUAACAAUGACGUGUCAAUUUCAAAAAAUUCAGAGAUAGAAUCAUCAGAACAAAAUCUACCAUCUUCAGUAUCAGUUGAAAAUAUGGAUGUUGGUGCAAUUAAAAAAGAGGAAGAAGUUGAAGAUGCUAUUGAAAAGAUGUUACGUGAAAUGCAUGGAAUGGAUACGAAUGAAACAAUUGAAUUAGAACAAAUUAAAACCAAUCCAUUGGAUAAUAAUAAGGAAAAUGUAGAUAGUAAUUUAGAUUUAAAUGAUUCAGAUGAUGAUUUUGAAAUGGAUGUUGAAUUUCUUGAAGAGGAACGUGAAUUAGUUGAUGAAGCAUUAUCAUGUCAAAAAGUAUCAAAGAACAAAAAUAAUAGUCCACAAAAUAAUAUAAAUAUUAAAAGUGAACCAACCAAUGGACGAAAAGUAAUUAGAAUGGAUCGUAAGUUAUCGGAAGAAGAAUUAAGAUCUUUAUUGGAAAGAACUGGUUUUAAUGAGCUUACGUUUGUCACAGUUAUGAAAGUUAGCGGUAGAACAUCGUCAGCUUUAACGGCAGAUAUUGAUAAACACUACAAAGAUUUCAAAGAUAAAUUAACGGUGGCGAAAGACAACGCACGUCAUAAAGAAGAUAACACAGAUAAAGAAUACUAUGAUACGCUUGCAAAAUCCUAUUCACAUCAUGCCUUAGAAAGUGUUCAGACGGACACAGAAAUGUUUUUUCGUUGUCCUGAUUGUCGUGUAUAUUUACCGUCAACUGAUUUACCACGUCAUAUGCAAGUCGAUCAUGGUAAAACUAUGGCAUUAUGUGAUUUUUGCAGAAUGUUAUUCCCGUAUGAUUCAGAAACAAAUAAGAAUUUAAUUGCUGAACAUAUUGAGCUUCAUAAGGCUGAUAAAAUGUCAAGUUGCCCCGAAGUUAUCCUCAAUAUUUCUAAAUUAUUGGAAAGUUUAAAUGAAUCACCAACCGAAAAUAAUACACCGCCAUUUAUUAAACAAGAAGAUAAUUCUGAAUUUGUAACAACAGUAAAGAAAGUCGUGCAGAAAAAUCGUUAUCGUUGUAACCAGUGUAGUGCACGGUUUCAGAGCGCGCAAUUAAUUCGUGAACAUUUGAAAUUACAUGAAACAGAAAAUGUACAGUGUCUGCAAUGUAAUGAAACAUUUACAAGUCGUUACGCCUUAAAUUGUCACGAAAAAUUAUCACACACUGAAAAUAAAAAAUGGAUUUGUGAAUUUUGUAGUCUAGAAUGUGAUGACGAAGCAUCAUUUGAUAUUCAUAUGAAAGCUGAACAGCAUUUAAAUCCAUGUGAAUUUGUGUGCCCUCAUUGCUCAAAUAUAUUUACAACUCGAGAUUGUUUAGCCGAACAUAUUCAAACACAUUCACAGGAGACCUUCACAUGUGAUACAUGUGGCUUUGCAUUUGUUUCCCGUACAAAAUUACAAGCUCACCAAAAAACGAUACACGUUUAUACAACAUAUUCGUGUACUCAAUGUGAAUAUAAAAAUUUCACAAGAGUUGGGCUAAAAAACCAUGUUCGAAUUCAUCACAAAAAUUCAUCUGGAACAUCCGGUUCACAAUUUCCUUGUAAUGAAUGUAACCUCUCAUUUCACACAGCAAAUAGAUUACGUGAACAUGUUCAAAAAACACACCAAACUGGACGUAAUUUUCAUUGCCCAUUAUGUGAUUGGAGUUUUAAUCAUAAUGAAAAUUUGAAAAAACAUUUUGAAUUUCAUGUGGAAAAAGGUCAUACUAUUUGUAAAGUAUGUCAACAGCCAUUUGAAUGCGCCAAUGAUAAACUAAAUAUUAUUGAUGUGAUUGAACAUAAAAAAAAGCACACAACAGAGGAGAAUUUUGUAUAUCAACGGCCGUAUAGUCCAUCAGUAAGCCGUAUGACACCAUGGCGUGACGCAAUACCUCCACAAGGUGGUGCUCGUAUGUUUUGUAGGGAUUGUGGUGUUGCUUGUUCAAUACCACUAGAACUACGUAAACAUCAGAAAACACAUAAACCGUAUUAUUGCAAUACGUGCCAAACUGUUUCGAACAAUGAACAAACAUUUAUCCUGCACAUGGAGCAACAUGCUGAUCGUAAACAUGUUUGUAAAACUUGUGGAAAACGUUUUAUGACACGAACAGCGUUAAACUUGCAUUCAAGGAUACAUCAAAAUGUACCUAAAUUUUCUUGUGCUGUAUGUUCAAGAAAAUUCCGUAUUGUUACCGAUUGGAAACGUCAUGAAAGAUCGUGUCGUGAAACACACGGUUGGCCACGAAUGGAUGUACAACAGGUUAAUCAAAAAGAUGGAGUGUCACGUCGAUUGAAACGAUCUCGGCGCUUGGGUACAAAUCAAUUUUCUGAAAAUAAGGAAGAUGGGAGCGAAUCUUUGAUUGAGUAUGUGGACGAAGAUAAUAUUACAUAUGAAUACGCUGAAGAUGAUUCCAUGCAAGGUGCAUAUAAUCAAGAUUUAAGUAACACCGAAAAUCUUGAUGAAACCACUUACGUCGAAUAUGUGGUUCAAGAAGGUGAUGAUACAAUAGAAAUAGAUGAAACACAAUUAGCUGAAUUUCAAGAAUGGCAACGUACAUCACAGUUAACGACAAACUUAAUAAAAAGUGAAGCAAUAGCCUUUGACACUGAUAAAAAUGCAGAAAUAGUUACUACAACGGGUGAUAUUGGAGAUGAUGGUGAUACACAUGAAGAUGACAUAAAUUCUACCGCAUCUGUUUAUUAUUCAAUUGAAGAAUUACCUGGUGUUAAAAAACAGUAUCGAUUUGUUCCACAGUAUGUAAUCCAAGGUGAUGAAACCACUGGAGAACAUGUUACUACUACUGAAGAUGGUAUCGAAAUUACAAACGACACAGAAGAACAAAAAUUUGUUAUACCUGAAGAUGGUCAAGUUAUUUUAAAUGAUUUGCCUGAUCAUGAUGAUGGUACUCAAGGUGGAAAUGUAGUGUAUGUUGACUCUGCCUCGAAUAUUGUGUACAAUUUAACGGAUAAUAUGGGUACAUUACAAAAUUUCACUGGACAAAACAUCAUUUUCCAACACGAAGAGGAAGCAAGUAAUGAAGCGCAAUUAGAAGAUGGUGAAAAUAUAUCGUAUGUUUUUAAUAAUGCAACGGAGGAAGGGGGCGAUGAAAGCGUUACGAUAUAUUUAAAAGGUGGUGAAACUGUGAAUGAGACAUUAGAUAAUUUACAAAAAGUGCAGAAUGUAUAACGAUAUUAAACAGUCAAGAAGCGUCGUCAACAGUAUAAGGUUUUAUUUAAAUGAUUUAGGACUUUAAUUUCUCGUUCGCACGUAGUCAAGAAAAAGGAGGAGAUAACCAUUUUUAUGUAUAGUAAAGAUUAAAUUUUGAAAAAAGGAUUAUAAUUGCCUUAAUAAUAAUUUGUUCUAUCAAGUUCAGCUUGAAAAUAAAAAUAUAAUUUUGGCUACGUCGCCAUCUAUUCGUUGAAAGUAGAACCAAAUUCUGCAUCGUUAGCAGAAACAUUUAAAACUUCUAUAUUGUUUCAUUAUAUUAUUGAGUUUUCACAUAAUGUAUGUAUCAUUUAUGUAAUAUCUCUCUAUUUUUAAAGAAUAUUAUUUAUUUAUAGAGAUAAUAUUAUUACAUAAAUCGUUGUACGGAAACUGAAAUUAAUAGUAUAAGGAAACGAUAUAUAUGUAUUUCCUGCAUG